AAUGAAGAGCCACAGAGUGGACAUAAUGAUCUGCUGGUAUUUGGCUAAAGACAACAUACAGCUGUUCUAUGGAGGAUGGAUUGGACAUUUCAUGAAGUGGCUCAGCAUUAAAUUGUAGUAUACACAGUGCUGCUUGUUGUCCACAACCAUUGAAAAUUGGUUUACUAGGAGCAGGAUCUGACUUCCAGCCCAGGGAUGAGUGUUUCGCAGACUGCUGAGACCUUCGUGGUCAAUGAGAUGAAAGGUUCCAACAUGAGGCUGCGUCUUAACAGUACAGGUGACCAUAAUGGGAAUGCUUUUCCCAUUUCCUCCUCUUCCUCCUCCUGUUCUUCUUCAUGUCUGGAGGAAUCAUCUCCUGAUUCUCUGCGGACUUUGAGCGGCCUCAGUGGUGACCGGACCGACAGUCCACUGGACUACGAUGUCUUUGAGGUCACCCUGAUGACAUCAGCAAUCAACAAAAUGGACAAAAUUACAGUUCUAACUUCAUAUGAUGCUGUAGAGGAGGAAGGCAGACAAGAGGAUAUCCACGAUGUCUCAGGGGGAAUGAUGCAGACAAUAUCUGAGCUUUCAGAAUCUAAUGAAAACUCUGUUUACCUGGAUGCCAACAGCAGCGAACAUCACACACACACCUCGAAGGACAAUGGCAACCUGACCAUGGCCCUCUCCCUCAUAGCUAACAGUAGCUGUGCCGGUGAUUGUGACCUCAGCAGUGGAAGCAGGCACGGCUCUUCAACACCCAACUCAGACGCAACAGAAAUCCCAGCUGAGGACGAUGAUGAGACUUUGUUUCUGUCAGUGAGCUCUGAUAUGGAUGUGUCAUCAACAGCUGCUCAUUGCAGCGAAAGCCUCAUGAAUUUAAGUGGCUCUGAAAGUGUACCCGAUGAGAGGUCAACCUACACGUUUGGAAGCCUCCAGACAGCGUGCGCCUUGUAUCAACAAGCCGAAUCCCAACAGUUAGGUGGAUUGACAAAUCCUUGUACAUUCCAAACUAUGACCGAGUCUCUGUCUUUUGAGGAUCUUAGUGAAAUUGCCCAGAUGUCAUCUUCUGCUGCAGUGCCCACUAAUCCUGUUCCAGAUGUUAAGGACUGUAAAUUGCUUGUAUGUGAAGGAAUUGAAAGGUGCAAGGCAGGAUCUAAGCGCCCCCACAGUAAUACAAGUCUGCAAUCCAGAGCAGCAAAAACCAAACCUCCCACUACUCCCAGAAUGUCUACUUCCACAGCAGGCAAGCCAGCCAGUCUGGAAGUAAAGAGAGUUACCAGAUUAGAUUUAAAAAAUGUCAAGUCUAAAGUUGCUUCAAGACCCACCUCAUCCACACCCCAAAUACCCAACCAGAAUAAAUCUGCAGCCAGUGGAAGGACAGCUGGUUGUGGGAAGGAGGAAGCACAGACAAGCAGUGAAAUCAAGAAGCAAAAAUCUUAUGCAGAGAGGAAGAAGACUCCAACUGUCAGACGAACCCUCUCUGCUUCUACCAGCUCUUUGGAGCCAGAAGUGGUUGAGGAAGGACAUCUGGAUGAUUCUAGAAAUGCUGUCAAAGAAGUGCCUGAAACAUGUGCAGAAAGACCGCCUGCAGAAGUCAAACUUUCCAGAGGGGAUGCCGUUAUCGUGUCAGUAGGGGACCACAUGGAUGUAACAAAGGUCAGCAUUUCUGGAGAGGCCUUGACACUGGAAACCACUGUGGUGAAAUCAAGAAGUUUAAGCACGAGAGUCUCCUCCAAGCUGGGACCUAGUGGCAGGCAUCCAGGGAAAAGUUCCAGAGUGGAUAAGGGGGCCUUGGGAGUAAGCUGCGCUUCAGGACCUCCUCAACCUCCAGGCUCAGGGACUGGAGCUCCAGGUCAGGGAAGUCCUGGGCCCAAGCAAUCCCAAAGUAAUGUGUCCGCACUGGGAAGGGAUGGGCAGAGCUUUGGGGCUGGAUCUCCAACAACACUAAGACAGAGCCAAAGUCAAGGUAUUCCUAAACCUCGAACCGCUGCAGAGCAACUGACUGGACUCGCAGCUCCAAGUAGUGGAACGCCCAUCUCCAAACCAUCAGCUAGUCAGCAGCCAACAUUGGGGACAGCAGGACGACCUGCCGCACCCACAGUGUCCAAACUUCCUGUAAAGGGAUUACCCACAAACCCCAGUUCCUCAUCAGUGGGAAGCGGCCCUACUGACAACAAUGGAACGCCAACCAAAGCAUCUCCAACAGCUCCAGGAACUACAGCAUCAGUGGGGCUCAAGUCGGAUGAUCGGCCAAGCCGAAGUACACUUCCUGUUGGCAGCCAGAAUACAGCAAAGCACCUGAACUCAAACAAUAAUGUAACUGGUGAAGCUACUAAUGUGAUUGCUGCUCCAAAGGGUCCCACAAUGAGGAGCAGGGCUUUGUCUCUGCAGGCCAGGACAACCGCUGCAGCAGGUUUGAAGUCCCUGGCAACCACCAACCACAGUACAACCAAGACAGCCACCACAAAUCAUAUGACACCAAAGACAGCUGCUACCAAUCAGGGACUGACAAAGCAGGCAUCCCACUAUCCUUUGCAACGGAGCGGCUCGGCAAGAUUCAGUCGCCCGAACACAGUCUGGGCUCAGCAGCUCUGCGUGUCUGCCUGGCAGCCUCCAGUGGACAAAAACAAGCCUCGGGAUGUGAUGGCGAGAACCACCAACUGUAACGUGCAGGUGCCAGCGUCUCCAACCGGGAACAACCAGCACCAAGCUGCAGCAGACCUGGUACCAGAUCAUGUGAAUUGUAAUGCAUCAACGCCAGCUUUCCAGAAUGCUGAUACUACCAAUGCUGUGCCUGGCACCACUGGGAGCGCCGGAUUCAAAGCAAGAACCGGGUUACGAUCCAGUCCAAAAACAGCAUCCCGCCUGCAGAACAUAUCCAAGCUCAGCUCAGCCGGGAAUGCUGGUGUGAGUCAGAGUGCAGCAGAUGGAAAGGUCCAGGCUAGAAUGAACCAAAACAAAGAACAGUUGGAGAAGAAGAACCAGGCCAUCAGCCAUCUCAGGAAGCUACUUGUCCAAGGGAACAGGAGAGUGGAAGCUCUGGCUACUGUCAUCCAGCACAUCUUCAUAGAGCGGGAGGAAACCUUGAAGCAGAAGAAGGCGUUAUCGCUGGAACUAGCAAACCUCAGAGAAGAACUGGUCAGGUCAUCUCAGUGCUGCGAGCUUCUGCAGAAGGAGAAGGAGGAGGUUUGCAUCGGCUUGGAGGCGGCUUUGAAAAAGGUGGAGCAGCAGCACAAGGAGGAACUGGUGCAACUGGAGGACAGAUUGCAGAGUUUUUACCAAACGGAAUGGGACAAAGUCCACCAGACGUACCAGGAGGAGGCCGACAAAUGUCGCAUGUUGAUGGAGCAGCAGGUGGAGGAACUGAGGACCCGACAGCGAGCAGAACGGACCAAUCAGGAAGAGAUUCACAAGCAGAAGAUGGAGUCUCUCAAAGCCCAGUACGAGACGUCCUUAAAAGAGCUGAAGAUGACCCAGCGGUUAGACCUGGAGAACUUUGAACAAACAGCGAAGGACAUGGAGACAUCUCUAUGCGAGAAAAUAUCUGAGCUGAAAGCGGAGAAUGAGGAGCUGAAUGAAAAGCUGAAAAUGGAAGAGAAGCAGAGGAAGAUGAUUCUCAGUGACAAGAAUUUGAAGGAUUCCCACACGCUCUAUCUGGAACAGGAGCUGGAAAGUCUGAAGGUCGUGCUGGAGAUCAAGAACAACCAGCUGCACCAGAAGGAGAAGAAGCUGAUGGAGAUGGACAAACUGGUGGAGACUAAUGUGAAGCUGGAAGAGUGUCUAAAGAAAGUCCAACAAGAGAAUGAGGACUACAAGGCCAGGAUGGACAAACACGCUGCUCUCUCAAAGCAGCUGUCCACUGAACAGGCCAUACUCCAGCAGACGCUGCAGAAAGAGUCAAAGGUCAACAAGCGCCUGUCCAUGGAGAACGAGGAGCUGCUGUGGAAGCUGCACAACGGUGACCUGCUGGCGAGUCCCCGGCGUCCCUCCCCCACCUCACCCUUCGGCUCACCUCAAAACUCUGCUUCCUUCUCCACAACUGCACCUUUGUCACCCAGAUAACCCCCCCCCACUCUGCUCACAGGGAUGGACUCUGUUCCAAAUCCGAAAGUUUCAGUCCCAGCCGUGUUGUUGGAAACUUCGUACACUAUGUUUGCAUCAUGAUUUAUUUUUAAAAUGAAGACUUUGCAACGGUGCACGUGCCUGUUUCUCCAACAAACAUUUCUUCUUCAUUUUGUGAUGAAAAGUGACUGGCGCACCUCAGGGUCUGUACAUAGCGCCUUCCUACGUUUAUCAUUGUGGUCUCUUUUUUUUUUUUUUUUUAAAGAGGCAGAGAAGAAACUAUUGAUGGAUGUGGAAUUAAACUCCUUGUAAAAUGACAGCUCCUUCCUGGAUUUGCAUGGACCGCUGCACCUUUUCCCCUUUUAAAAGACUUUUUAAAGAGCAAAGCUCAGUUACUGAUCUACUUUGGAUCCCUGACGGUUGUGGAUAAACUGUAUAAAUGGGAACAAUGUUUCAGUGUUUUGGAACUAUCAACCUUUUUUGACCCAGUGUUUCUCAUCACAGCCUCAACCUUAAUCAACUACGUGUAUCUCCUCUGGAUGUUAAAACAGGUCAACUUGCAGUAAUGGAACCAAAUAUGAACUUUAUUUAACCGGGUGUUGCUGAUGAUGGAGAUGUCCUUAUUUCUCAGUUUGUGUCCAAAGAAACUGAACCACUUACUGAUCAACAGAUCUGUUUUUUUUUUGUUUUGUUUUUUUACCCAUGAAGGGUACCUGGCAGAUGCUGACCUUUGGCCCCUCAGAACCACCCAAACAAUGUGUGACUUUGUCCUUGAACAUCUCAAGUGUACCCAGAAUGCCCCAGUGUACCUGUGUUGGACACAGAAUAAAUACAAUAUCAAAUACAACUCUUUCCUCC